AUGGCAAACAGCCAGCUACCAGAGCAGCUCCUGUAUCUCAUCGUCCGCUUCACGGCCGCGAUCCCCGAUCUCUCACUCACCAUCUCCGCGCCCCACACCACCACGACGCUCUCGCUCAAACGUCUAAUCCGCACCCACCUCCCACCGACCCUCUCCUCCAACCGCCUCCGGAUCAUAUACGCCGGCAAAGUCCUCGCAGAUACCGCCCCGCUCUCGACAUCGCUGAACCUCCCUCCACCGCCUCCAGCAUGGAGACUCGCACCGGACAAGCGCAGCAAAGACGACGCGGUAGCGCACAGUAAGGGCAAGGGCAAAGGACCCGCCCGUUCUUCGCCCAAUGGGGACGACGAUGCCCCUUCUCCUCUGCCGCAACGGCGUGUCUACAUCCACUGCUCGAUCGGCGACGUCCUCUCCGCCUCCGACCUCGCCGCCGAAGCCUCCGCCGCCGCGGCCGCAGAAAACGCCCUUACAGCCACCUCCAACUCGCCUCCCGUGAGCCCAACAUCCACGACCGCAGCGCCCAAGACCUCUCCAAGUCACACAGGCACUACCAACACAGCCGCAGCCUCCAAUAGCAGCACCAGCACAGCCCCCGCACCCCAAGGCUUCGACCGCCUCCUAACCGCCGGCUUCACCCCCGCCGAAAUCUCCGCUCUGCGCUCCCAGUUCCUCUCCAACCUGCGCUUCACACAUACGCCCGACACCCUCCCCACGGGCGCCGCGCUCCGCCGCCUCGAGAACAGCUGGCUGGAUUCCAGCGCGCAGGACCAGGGCUCCGCCUCCGCUGCAGAACCGGGCGAGCUGGACCAGGCGGGUGGAGGGGAGGGCUGGGGCGCGGGGUUCGGUGCUGAGGAGGGCGGACUCGAUGAUAUGCUGUGGGGCAAUGUGGUGGGGUUCUUUUGGCCGCUUGGGGCUGUGGUGUGGGGGUGUCGGGAGGAGGGGGUGUGGACUAGACGGAGGCAGAUUGCGGUUGCGACGGGAGUGCUUGUUAAUUUGGUGUUUGGAUUUUUGAGGUUGACGAGUUGA